UCCAAUUCUAAUUUCAGCUCUGUUGCCAUCGCUUCAAUUUAUUUCCACUUUGGUCAAAAUGAUAUUUAGAAAGCCACAUUUCAGUUUGUCAUUCAAUUGAAGUUACAUCGAAAAUGUAUCCUGGAAUAAAUUCGUUGUAAUAAAUCGUUUCGUUUGCCAUAAAGUAGAAGAAACCAAGUGAUCAGUGAAUAUGGAACGAAUAUUACCCCAAACAUUUCAACCACCGUCAUGGACAGACCGAGUUAAAAUAUGUGUAAAGAAACUGUGUCGCGUUCGUGGACUAAAUGUAUUGUUUGCUACACUUUGUAUUAUUGAUCUAUUCGGUGUGUUCCCAAUCGUUGCAUUGCCGGGCGCCCUAAUUUCAUGCGGUUACUACGGUAUUCCAUUGCUAGUAUUUGUCCUUACCAUACAAAUUUACACGGCAAUCGUAUUGGGACGUUGUUGGAUUAUUGCCGAAAAACUCGAUCCAAAUAUUAUCGAGAAGAAGCGAACUCCAUAUGCUGCGGUUGGUGAAUUGACUUAUGGCAAGCGAAUGCACAUUUUUGUGAAUAUUAUGCUGAAUAUAACGGUAUUUGGUGCAGGAAUUCCAAAUAUUUUAGUCGCUUCACAAAAUCUACAAUUGAUUGGUCAACGCAUUAGCGAUGAUGAAUUCCAGUUUUCAUUUUGCUACUGGUUAAUUGUGCUUGGCUUUUUCAUGUGUCCGAUUAUGUGGCUGGGAAGUCCAAAGAACAUGAAAACAAUUGCGAGCAUAUCGGUUGUGACUGUUCUCACCGUUUCAAUUCUUAUUUGGAUCAGUAUUUUGGACGAUGAUAGCGUUUCAAGUGAAUCAUUUGUUGGAAUUAGUUUGGAUCAACCUGAUUAUAUUAUGAUGCUAAAAGUGUAUGGUAUGAUUGCAUUUCAAUUUGAUAUCCAUCCGAUGUUAAUGACUAUUGAAGUCGAUAUGCAAAAUAAACGUGAAAUUGGAAAUGCAGUUUGUUACGGAAUAGCAGUAACAUGCACUCUGGCCGUAAUCACAACAAUAUUAGCAGCCCAUCAAUAUGGCAUAGCAACGGCGGCAAAUGUUUUGGAAAUUUUACCCAACAGUAAUUUAUUGUAUGCGGUAACAUUGCUGGUGACGGUGCAAUUAUGUUUGUCACAUGCCGUCGGCAGUUCGGCACUCUUUCAAAAUAUCGAAGAAUAUUUACGCAUACCAAGAGACUUCAACUUCAAGCGUUGCAUUCUUCGGUCGAUAAUAAUUGCUUUGGCGGUUACCAUUGCUGAGUUGGUGCCACAAUUUGAUAUGGUCAUGGGAAUUAUCGGUGGAACACUAACUGGUCCAAUGAUUUUUAUAUUACCACCACUUUUCUAUCGUCGUUUAAUUCGAAUGGAAAGGGAUUUUGAUGAGCAAAACGAACGGGAGACCUUCAAUCAACUAACCAUUGCCAAUUCGGAUGAUGAUAUUUUUAACCAACGUGAUUUUCAGCAUCGACACGACGAUAACUAUGGAACAUUUGCCAAACAACCGAAACGAUAUAUCGCACGUUCCGAUUUUAAUUUAUGCUUCUGUACCGAUUCAUUUGCUUGCGAUUCGUUAAUUUGUGUGUCGGUUAUUAUUUUUGGAUUAAUUGUCACAAUCACUUCAACAUACUUUAAUUUGACGACGGUAUUGAAUAACUUUGAUGAUUUUAGGUCACCGUGCAUUCAAAACAUAAGUGCAUCAUUCGGUGAACUUUGAGGUGGUUUUUUUCAUUUUUAAAUUUAUUUUGAUCAAAUGUCUUUGUAAAAAUAUAAAUAGCGAUUUACAAGCGGUA